CAGGGAAAGAGGGUAAUUGGGAGGCACACAUUUUGCGGGAUACCGGGCUUAGAAGGCCUAAGAUCGAACCCGUGAGGACGACCGGUUGAGAUUCACCGUCAUAAAUUUGCGUAAUAAGAGAGCAGUAUAGGCCAAGAUGACCUCACGGUACAGACCAAAUUCGGAAAAUGCUGAUGUGGCAGGGCGUUGCAACCGCGUUCAUGCAACAGAAAAGAUUCCACUUCUUGAGAAUUCAACCAAAUUCAACCCGUGUGCUCUCUCACAUUUUUGUAAGGUUUGUGUUGCAAUCAUUCGUGGCAGCCUUGUUGAGUUCCGCCGCAAAUAGAUUGAAAGGGUGUGCUGCUUUCAGAAAAGCAGUGAAUUUAUUGUGCGGAAUGCGCUGAUUGAUGCAGGAAAAGGUGUGGGAUUCGGCAGGUUGCGGCGGGCUUUCUCUGGUAUGCAUUGAGCGGGCGCCAAGGUAAUCCCCCCAGUUCCUUUCCCAGGAACAAGCAGAAUGGCCUUCAUGGCGCUCAGACGAGACGUCUUCUCGAAGCCGCUGCUGCAGCUGCACCGUGGAUACCGAUCGACCAUCUUCCGAGGGGCAGUGGCUGCGACCGCAGAUAGUCACCCAGGGAAUCAAGCGACCAACGAGUUGAUCGACCUCGAGGAGAAGUUCAGCGCACAUAACUACCACCCUCUCCCCGUCGUCUUUGCCAAGGCCAGGGGGGCGGACGUGUGGGACCCCGAGGGCCGUCACUACCUCGAUUUUCUGAGCGCCUACUCCGCUGUCAACCAGGGCCACUGCCACCCAAAGAUCGUGCAGGCGCUGAUCGACCAGGUGCAGCGCGUGACCCUAAGCAGCCGCGCAUUUCACAACGACCAGCUCGGCCGCUUCGCCAAGAAGCUGACGGCCAUUUUCGGAUACGAGAUGAUGCUGCCGAUGAACACGGGCGCAGAGGGCGUGGAAACGGCGCUCAAGGUUGCGCGCAAGUGGGGCUACCAGAAGAAAGGCAUCCCCAAGGACGAAGCGCUCAUUGUCUCCUGCUGCGGCUGCUUCCAUGGGAGGACACUUGGCGCGAUCUCCAUGAGCUGUGAUAAUGAGGCAAGGAGAGGGUUCGGGCCGGAAGUCCCGGGGCACAUCAAGGUCGACUUUGGGGACAUCGAGGGGCUCAGAGAGACGUUUGAGGAGUACGGAGACAGGAUUGCCGGCUUCAUCUUCGAACCCAUUCAAGGAGAAGCGGGGGUGGUGGUCCCCCCCGAGGGCUACCUGCGGCAGGUGCGCGAGCUGUGCAGCCAGCACAACAUCCUCAUGAUUGCCGACGAGAUCCAGACUGGCAUCGCCCGGACCGGCCGCAUGUUGGCGGUCGACUGGGAGAGCGUGCGCCCCGACGUCGUGAUCUUGGGUAAGGCAAUCGCGGGUGGCGUGUAUCCUGUGAGCGUGGUCCUGGCGGACCGCGAGAUCCUGCUGGUGAUCAAGCCGGGCGAGCACGGGAGCACCUUUGGCGGCAAUCCCGUCGGCUGCGCGGUAGCGUCCGCGGCCCUCGAUGUCGUCAUCGACGAGAAGAUGGCCCAAAGGGCCGACACUUUGGGUGAGGAGUUCCGUUCGCACCUGCAGCGCGUGCAGUCCCGCUUCCCGGACAAGAUCUCGGUCGUGCGGGGCAAGGGCCUGUUAAACGCUGUCGUCAUGAACCAAGCAGGCCUUGGGAAAGUGACGGCCUGGGACGUGUGCGUGGGGCUCAAGGAGCGCGGCAUUUUGGCGAAGCCCACUCACGAAACCAUCAUUCGUCUGGCGCCCCCCCUGACGAUCGAUGGGCGCAAUUUGAAGGACGCGGCGGAUGCGCUGGAGGCGGUCCUAGAGCAUGACCUUAAGGGUCUAGAGCGGCACGCCAAGGCCCGCGGGCCGGCGCACGCGCCCGAGCCGUGCGACCGGUGCGGGAGGGUGGCGGGCCAAGUUGAGACGGACCUAUAAAAAUGAGAACGGGGGCGGGUGGGAGAGAGCUAGAUCGGAGAGGGAGGAAACUCAGCUGGGGUUUUGUACCGAAGGGGGAAUGGCUGAUUGUCUGAGCUGGUUGAUGCCUGCCUUUCUUCAGGCGUUAGCUCUUUUAACGAGCAAUAUAGAGAAUAAAAUCUGGGUCAUAGGUCAAACACUCGUAGAUUUUGAGGGAGAGUGCUUAUAAUCCUCUUACUAAACAUUCGAAGUUUUGCUUAAAAGACAAGCAAGCAAUCCAAGGAGAUAUAUGUUAAACUUGGUGCAUGUAGCCGAGGAACUCAUGCAGCUGCUAUGUUUCCCCUUGCGGCAUGCAGAUCUAG